UCGUCAUUUUACGUUGUUUACACUACUCUACAGUAAGAUAAGUCAACGAAAAAGCAAGAAUUUUAUAAGGUAAAGAAGAAGAAAAACCUUAAUUUAUAAGCUAAGGAUUAUGAUUUUCUAUAUAAUCAUUUUACAUUUAUUAAUUUCCUUUCAAAGAACUGUUUUAGCAAAUAAUGAAACUUUCAAUUAUACUUUACAUGAGAAUUCAAUGCUAAAUGUGGAUUUAUUCGAAGGCGAUAUUAGAUUGGAUACGUCAUUUGGAGAGAGUCGAGCCGUUGUAUUGCAUCACAGAGUUUGGGAUGAUGGUAUAAUAUAUUACAAGUUUUCUCCUGACUUAAAAAUUGUCAGAAUUUUUACUUUGAUAACAAUUAUUGACUACAUCCAACUUGUAACUUGCUUACGUUUUGUAUAUAGAAGAACAGAGGAUAAUUAUAUUUAUAUACAGGAAGGAGAAGGAUGUAAUUCCCACAUUGGAAAACCGGGUGGACGUCAGAUUCUUAAUUUAGGAAGUGGAUGUUGGAACGUCGGGAUAAUACUUCACGAAUUAGGCCACGCUAUUGGCUUGUUUCACGAACAUACUCGACGGGAUCGUGAUAAAUAUAUAAAAAUUUUAUUGGAUAAUAUUAAAGAAGAACAUAAAGAAGCGUUUCAGAUUUACCCCAGCGUUGGAGUAUGUGGCACUUAUAGUUACGAUACUAUUAUGCACUAUGGUCCUAAACUAGGCGCUAAACAUGGUAAAAUUACUUUAAUGCCAACUGUUCCAAAUGUUACCAUUAAAGAAAUUACGGACCGGCAACUUUUGUCAGAAUCCGACAUUAAAUGUAUUAACAAGUUAUACGAAUGCGAAUAAAUUCUGUUGUAAAUAUAUAAAUAAUGGCAAAACUUUAUUUUAUGUAGGAAAUAAUUAAAUCUCUUCCUUUUUGAAUGGAGUUGAAUAUCCUAAUUC